AUGGACGGGCUCCUCAUCAACUCUGAAGAUAUUAUUACUCUUUGCACGAACCGACUUCUCGAUAAGUACGGUAGGCCUGCCUUUACUCGGUCGAUUCGAGUCCAGCUUAUGGGCAUCCCGGACUCAACAAAUGGCGACAUAUUCCAUAAUUGGGCCAAGCUGCCCAUUCCCCGCGAGCAGUUCGCUCAGGAGUUGAGGGAGCAAAUGCAAGCUCAGUUCCAGAGCUGCGAGCCAUUGCCUGGUGCGGAAAAGCUUCUUUCUAAUCUCAGUCAUGCGCAAAAUUCCUCAGGAGACAAGAUCAAACUAGCAUUGGCAUCUAGCAGUAAGAGCCAUAGCUUCAAAUUGAAAACUUCGAGACCGGAGACGAAGCAAUUAUUAGAUUUCUUCCAACCCAAACAGCGGAUUCUGGGCGAUGAUGCACGACUGCGACAGGGUCGAGGGAAGCCGGCGCCUGACAUAUACCUAAUUGCGUUGGAAUCAUUGAACUCGGCGGCUGGCGCAGAGGAGGCCAUCAUGCCUGACGAGUGUUUAGUAUUUGAAGACAGUGUAACGGGAGUAGAAGCCGGAAGACGCGCGGGGAUGAGGGUCGUUUGGGUCCCGCAUCAAGACGUGGCGGCUGAGUAUGGAAACAAGCAAAAGCAAGUGCUGGCUGGGAGAGUGGGAAUGAAUGCGCUCGGAGAUGAUUGGCAAUUGGGGGAAGUUGAUGACGGCUGGGCUGAGAGUAUAUCUAGUCUGGAAGACUUCGACUAUAGAAAGUAUGGCAUCGAGGUUCUAUAA